ACGAGACUGGAACGGGACACUAACGGGACCCGAGGUGAGCACGCACACUUUAAACUCCAUCUACGAGAGAUAAAGGCAGGGACAACGGGGUACUCAUUCACCAGUAAAGAACGCACGCGGAAAAGUCAGUUCGAAAGGAUGUGCGUGGUUCCGCGCGGCCAGAUGUGACCUAACGGCUUUCAUCUACUGUGCGUAGGUUUUGCUCUCUCUCUUUCUCUCUCUCUCUCUCUCUCUCUCUCUCUCUCUCUCUCUCUCUCUCUCUCUCUCUCUCUCUCUCUCUCUCUCUCUCUCUCUCUCUCUCCUCUCUCUCUCUCUCUAUCUAUCUAUCUCUCCAGUGUUUAUUACGCAGCGCUGCAUGGUUCAGAUGGUUGUAAUGGAUGUACCUUACGCAGGUAGCUCAGAGGCACACACACACACACUGGCAGCAUCAGCAUCUCCACGAGUGCCGCUUUGUGCAUCAUUACCAUCAUUUUAUAACGGAGAUUCUGAGGACCAGAUUGACACUUUCAGAGUUGGUAGAUAUUGUAUAGAUACCUAAUGCUUUAAACGGAUUAUUGGACCUAGCCUAUAAACCUUUCCGUUAGGCUAUUAUAUUUUAUUACAGCUGGUUUGUGUUAGCCGUUAACGGCCCCGGUGACUUGUUGAUAGAAAGCCAACCGCAGCCCGGGUAGCAGGCUUACGCGGCGUCAUCAGUCCCAGUAUUGAUUUACCGCUGCGGUUUGGUCUCUAUGAUAGAUGAGAUUGGCUGUUACUGUUCAUACCAGCACCGAGGACAACCCGGGAGGGCGAGCACUACACACACAACAAACACACACACACACACACACACACACACACACACACACACCAACACUACACACACACACACAAACACACACAAACGACACGAAACCACACACACACACACACACACGCACACCACAAACACACACACAUCCACACACACACACAUCACCACCACAGCGCACCACACAUACAACACACACAUACACACACACACACAGGCACACACACACACAGCACUUUACAAUGCACGUUCUGACACAUUGCUGCGGUCUGGACCAAGCAUGGCUAUCUGUAUGGAAACUUCUCGCUCUCUACUCUCUCUCCUCUCUCUCUAUAUCGAUCUCUAUCUCUAUCUAUAAUACUCGAUCUCUCUAUAUGAUCUGAGCUCUCUCCUCUCUCUAUCUCGCUCUUCUCCCGCUUCUCCUCUCUCUCUCUCCUCUCUCUCUCACUCAGCAGAACAGAGUGGUAGCAGUUAGCAGACAGACAGUGGGUUGAAGAGAAAGAUGUGGUCAGAUAGAGCUGAUGGAAUUCCACUUUGGUUUGGAGACUGUAGUUAAAUAGGCUGGUUUUGGCUUAUUGUUGUGACAGUUGUUUAUUGCUGGAGGAGAGGAGAGGGGGAGAUGGGGAGAGGAGGGGAGAGGACAGGAGAAGAGGUGUCUACUUUUUCAUUCACGCUAUCUUUCCACUUUUUCCCUCACCCCCCCCCCUCUCAUCUCUAUCUCUCUCUCUCAUCUCUCUCUCAUCUCUCUCUCUCUCUAUAUCUCUCUCUCUCUCUCUCUGACCCUCUUUAUCCCUCUCCCUCUCUCCCCCCUAAUCUGUGAAUAGUAGAACGUGUGAGGGUUAGUGUGCGUUUGAAUUACAUUAUGUAAGACAAUAUAUUAACAUAUUGUCAUAUUCAUAGCCUUUUUAUCAUCCUCAUAGAAGGUCUGUGUGCAUGUGCACGUGCCUGGUAAUAUUGAUAAAUUGCAUUUACACUGUAAGUGUGUGUGAGUCAGGUGUGAUGCGUGUGUGUGUUUUUAUAAGAUAGAGUAAUGUACACAGUGGAUAAACUGGGGGAAUGACCUUGAGGGUGUGUUUUAGUCUUAGAUUACUCUUCUACUCACACAUGCACAUGCAUAUGUAUAUACACACACACGAGUCACGACACACAUGCACGCACACACCAUGUUUGUGACUCCUGCAUAGGCUAUUUUGACCAAUAACAGUUCAAUGCAUUUCCAGAGUCAAUAGAAUUACUACUCAUAGUGAGAGUAUGGGAUGUCCUGAGAGGCAGUUUAAUGUUGGCCUAACUCUCUUUGUGAGCAAGUCUGAAUCCCUAGGAAUUGUCCUAAUUGUGAUUCCACUCUGAAGCUGUGUGUGCGUGGAUAUGAAUUAAAAUAUAAUUAUAGAAAAUAAUGGUAUUUAGCCUUACCUGGCUUAUAGAGGGGGAAUGAUAUUGAUCUAUAAAUGAAAUGUCCUAAAAUGUAGUGUUCCAUAUGUUAUGUCUGAAUAGAACUUCUGAGAGGGGCUGGCUGCUGACUGGUUCUAGAGAAUUACUGAGAGAGAGAAAGAGAGAGAACGUAUCCUAGCCAGCAAAUCUCAGAGAAUUACUGAAGAAAGAGAGAACGAGAGGGUGAGGGAAAAAGAGAGAGAAAGAGCGAGAGAAAGAGCGAGAGAGUGGGGAGAAUUAACUCUGGUUUCUCCCCAUUGUCAACCAGUGCUAUUUGAAGCUAUAACCCAGUUACAGCGCAUGCGUGUGUGUGUGUCAGUGCGGAGAGACUUGAGAUAGGGAGACUUAAGGAAAGGGAGAGAGAGAGACAAAGAUGGAUGAAGGAAUUGAUGAGAAUGGAGAAUAGAGGUCAGAAUGUGUGAGAGAAAAAGUAUGUGAAUGAGAGAGAAUAAAGGAUUUCAGCGGAGCGGAGUGGAAGAAAGAGACCUAGGAGUCAGGGCACCGGGAAUCCAAUUUUAGUUAUUUUAUUUUCUUGUAGGGCUCCAAAGAGCAAAAUGCUAAAAUCUUGAAAAUAAAUAAAUAAAGUAGUUUCACCAAAAGCAAACACUGGCUUGUGGCCUAGACCAGGGAUUGUCAAACGUUUUGGGGUUAGGGACCCCUUUUGUGAUAGCAAAUUCAUCAGGGACCCCCUCAUAAUUAGAACACAACUCAAGUGCAAUAGAAAUAGCCUAACAUUUGUUUUACUAUGAUGUCUGCAGUGCAUGGCUGGACAAACCAUGGUCACGUUCCCCUGUUUAGACGUUACGUGCAUAAACCAAUGGUUGCGUGCCACAUCAUCGACUGUGUCAUCGACUGACAUAUUGCUAUAACAUAUGAUGUUGUUAGCUGAUACUUAAAAUACCUUUGUUGUAAGAUCUGGCAGGUAUCAGCAACGCCUGGGCAGAGGAACAUGCCUCAAGUCUCUUGGCAUUGGAGAGAAAAUGUUGCAGUUUUCAAGCCAAUUUCCUGCAAUUCUACACAUUUUUUCAUGGGGCAGAGAGAUGUUUUGUUGUUGUUGCAACUUUAAAGAUACACUAUAUAUACAAAAGUAUGUGGACACCCGUUCAAAUUAGUGGAUUCGGCUAUUUCAGCCACACCCGUUGCUGACAGGUGUAUUAAAUCGAACACACAGCCAUGCAAUCUCCAUAGACAAACAUUGGCAGUAGAAUGGCCUGUACUGAAGAGCUCAGUGACUUUCAACGUGGCACCGUCAUAGAAUGGCACCUUUCCAACAAGUCAGUUCGUCAAAUUUCUGCCCUGCUAGAGUUGCCCCGGUCAACUGUAAGUGCUGUUAUUGUGAAGUGGAAACAUCUACUAGCAACAACGGCUCAGCCGCGAAGUGGUAGGCCACACAAGCUCACAGAACGGGACCGUUGAGUGCUGAAGUACGCGUAAAAAUCGCCUGUCCUCGGUUGCAACACUCACUACCGAGUUCCAAACUGCCUCUGGUAGCAACGUCAGCACAAUAACUGUUUGUCGAGAGCUUCAUGAAAUGGGUUUCCAUGGCCGAGCAGCCGCACACAAGUCUAAGAUCACCAUGCACAAUGCCAAGCGUCGGAGUGGUGUAAAGCUCGCCGCCAUUGGACUCUGGAGCAGUGGAAACGCGUUCUCUGGGGUGAUGAAUCACGCUUCACCAUCUGGCAGUCUGACGGAUGCAUCUGGGUUUGGCAGAUGCCAGGAGAACUCUACCUGCCUGUAAAGUUUGGUGGAGGAGGAAUAAUGGUCUGGGGCUAUUUUUCAUGGUUCAGGCCCCUUAGUUCCAGUGAAGGGAAAUCUUAACGCUACAGCAUACAAUGACAUUCAAGACGAUUCUAUGCUUCCAACUUUGUGGCAACAGUUUGGGGAAGGCCCUUUGCUUUUUCAGCAUGACAAUGCCCCCGUGCACAAAGCGAGGUGCAUGCAGAAAUGGUUUGUCGAGAUCGGUGUGGAAGAACUUGACUGGCCUGCACAGAGCCCUGACCUCAUCCCCAUGGGAUGAAUUGGAACGCUGACUGCGAGCCAGGCCUAAUCGCCCAACAUCAAUGCCCGACCUCAGUAAUGCUCUUGUGGCUGAAUAAAAGCAAGUCCCCGCAGUAAUUUUCCAACAUCUAGUGGAAAGCCUUCCUAGAAGAGUGGAGGCUGUUAUAGCAGCAAAUGGGGGGACCAACUCCAUAUUAACUUUUGGCCAUGUAGUGUAAUAUCCUGCAAUUCUACACAUUUUACCAUAAGGCAGAGAGAACACUUUGCAGUUUUAAAUACAUUUUGGGGAAUAGUGUUGAGUUGAAAAAUGUAUAAUUGGUGUAGUACUGUGUAUACCAAUAUCCCUGUAAGCCUCCCAGGCCCAUGUUGCCCAGGGUUAAGAAUUGUAGAUGUUUAUAUUAAAUUGUAUUGUAUUGUAUUACUCACUUUAAACUUAUUCCACGGAUCCCUUGGCCAAAAGUCGUUUAAUCUGUUGUUAGUAAUAUUAAUAAUAUUAUUAUUUAUGUUUUUAAUUUUAUAUAUAUAUAUAUAUACACUACUGGUCAAAAGUUUUAGAACACCUACUCAUUCAAGGGUUUUUCUUUAUUUGUACUAUUUUGUACAUUGUAGAAUAAUAGUGAAGACAUCAAAACUGUGAAAUAACACAUAUGGAAUCAUGUAGUAACCAAAAAAGUGUUAAACAAAUCAACAUAUAUUUUAUAUUUGAGAUUCUUCAAAUAGCCACCCUUUGCCUUGAUGACAGCUUUGCAAACUCUUGGCAUUCUCUCAACCAGCUUCACCUGGAAUGCUUUUCCAACAGUCUUGAAGGAGUUCCCACAUAUGCUGAGCACUUGUUGGCUGCUUUUCCUUCACUCUGCGGUCCAACUCAACCCAGACCAUCUCAAUUUGGUUGAGGUCGGGGGAUUGUGGAGGCCAGGUCAUCUAAUGCAGCACUCCAUCACUCUCCAUCUUGGUAAAAUUGCCCUUACACAGCCUGGAGGUGUGUUGGGUCAUUGUCCUGUUGAAAAACAAAUGACAGUCCCACUAAGCCCAAACCAGAUGGGAUGGGGUAUCGCUGCAGAAUUCUGUGGUAGCCAUGCUGGUUAAGUGUGCCUUGAAUUCUAAAUAAAUCACAGACAGUGUCACCAGCAAAGCACCCCCACACCCCCACACCAUAACACCUCCUCCUCCAUGCUUUACGGUGGGAACUACACAUGCGGAGAUAAUCCGUUCACCCACACCGCGUCUCACAAAGACACAGCGGUUGGAACCAAAAAUCUCACAUUUGGACUCCAGACCAAAGGACACAUUUCCACCUGUCUAAUGUCCAUUGUUCGUGUUUCUUGGCCCAAGCAAGUCUCUUCUUCUUAUUGGUGUCCUUUAGUAGUGGUUUCUUUGCAGCAAUUCGACCAUGAAGGCCUGAUUCACACAGUCUCCUCUGAACAGUUGAUGUUGAGAUGUAUCUGUUACUUGAACUCUGUGAAGCAUUUAUUUGGGCUGCAAUUUCUGAGGCUGGUAACUCUAAUGAACUUAACCUCUGCAGCAGAGGUAACUCUGGGUCUUCCAUUCCUGUGGCGGUCCUCAAGAUAGCCAGUUUCAUCAUGGCGAUUGAUGGUUUUUGAGACUGCACUUGAAGAAACUUUCAAAGUUCUUGAAAUGUUCAGUAUUGACUGACCUUCAUGUCUUAAAGUAAUGAUGGACUGUUGUUUCUCUUAGCUUAUUUGAGCUGUUCUUGCCAUAAUAUGGGCUUGGUCUUUUACCAAACAGGGCUAUAUUCUACCUACCUUGUAACAACACAAGUGAUUGGCUCAAACGCAUUAAGAAGGAAAGAAAUUCCACAAAUGAACUUUUAAGAAGGCACACCUGUUAAUUGAAAUGCAUUCCAAGUGACUACCUCAUGAAGCUGGUUGAGAGAAUGCCAAGAGUGUGCAAAGCUGUCAUCAAGGCAAAGGGUGGCUAUUUGAAGAAUGUCAAAUUUAAAAUAUAUUUUAAUUUGUUUAACACUUUUUGGUUACUACAUGAUUCCAUAUGUGUUAUUUCAUAGUUUUGAUGUCUUCACUAUUAUUCUACAAGGUUGCUAGUUUGAAUCCCUGAGCUGGCAAGGAGGAAAAAGCUGCUGUUCUGCUAUUGAGCAAGGCAGUUAACCCCCAAAAACUACUCCUGGGCGCUGUGGACCUCGCUUAAGACAGUCCCCCGCAUCGCUCUGAUUCAGAGGGUUUGGGUUAAAUGCAUAAGACACAUUUUGGUUGAAUACAUUCUUCCUGAGAGAAACUCAGAAAUUAAGGUAAUGGUAAUGUUAGAAAAUGUAAACAAAUGUAAAUUAUUAUUUUAAACAGGAAGACAUUUAGACUUGGAUCAGGCUCCGUGCAUUUUGUUUGAUAUGUUUAGCACUUGACUAUGCACCUUUUAAAGCCAAUGUUCCGCGUUCGCGGAGACCGCAUUCACGCUAAACACUUCAUAUGUCGGCUCAAUCAGAAAUUACCUUUAAAUGUCAAGGGAGCUGUAACAGGGAUCUAGCGCUGAUUGGAUUGAAUCCCGGCCUGAAAGCAGUAUGGGAGGAGAGCCAGAGAGAGAGGGAGGGCAGGAAAGGGGGAUAUAAAAGAGACAGGCUUUAAGACUUUACAAUACAAUGCGACUCUCAGUAGCUAAUUAGUGUUAUGUGUUACUCUAGUGAUCCGCCUGAGUGACCAUCGGUUGUUGUUGUUGUCUUGGUUGUUGUUGUUGUUGGUGGUUGUGUGUGUGUGUGUGUGUGUGGUGCAGCCAGCUAUAAGGGAGGCCAUUGUGUGUGUGGACAGUAGAUUGUCUUUCACUGUGCUGGGCUGUGGUGUCACCAGCCUCUAUCAACUACUACAGUGAGAGGAGGGAGAGGGGGAGAACUGGAACACAUCAAUGGUGUAGUGACCGAUAUGGGUGGAGUAGAGUAGGGCAUUGCGUGUUGAUGGUGUUGAACCACAGGGUCUUAGAGUUUGAUUGAAUAUUAGUACUACUCUAACUCACCCUGGCUGCCAGGAACUCUCAACCGUCAAUACACAUCACCACCAUCACCGCUAGGUUCAGGCUCUGGCCGUGUGUGUGUGUGUGUGUGUGUGUGUGCAUUGGACCAGUGCAGACUACAGUGUGCUAAAGCACAUGGUUCGGCUUUUCCCCCACGUGCCUGCAGCUUGGCCUAUUUCCAUGGUAACUAGCCGAGAAAAUUACCACACACACACUCACACACACAGACAUACGCACACACACAAGAUCACAUCAGUUCAGUACUGGAUGUUGUUGUUCUUUUGAGGAAAAUGUCAAUGGGGACAUGAACGUCACACAAAUCCAGUAUGAAUCCAUCUCUAGUUUGUCUCUCUCUCUCUCUCUCUCUCUUUUUUUCUUUCUCUCUCUCUCUCUCUCUCUCGCUCUCUCUGUGUGUGUGUGUGUGUGUGUGUGUGUGUGUGUGUGUUUUAGGCCGCCCAGUGCUGUGGGAUCAGGACGUCGUGAGCAGGCUGUUGAUUGGAGGGUUGUUUACAGCAGGCCGUGCUUCCCAUGGUGACCAGGGGGGAGGGGUUAUGUAAGAGAGGAUUUCUCUCUCCCCCCUCCCUCUGUUUGUCUCUACAUUUCCCUAUUUUGACCCCCCCCCCCCCCCCCCCCCCCCCCCCCCCCCCCGUUCCUCUCUCAUUCUCACCUAAAAUAAUACAGUAUAAUUAGAGUAGCAUAGUCAUAUGCUACUUGCUCCAAUCAACAUAGACAAACAUUGGUUAGGUGUUUAUGUCCUGUCGAUGAUGUAGUGUUGUUAUUAACCGUAUACUAAGUACAGCAAAGUGACUGUCCAGAGGGUACACACUGUGUCUCUUUUAAUGCCCAUGACUGUGUCCUGCUGUAGCCAUCGCUAUAGAAACAGCCCACGCCAUCUUACACACACACACACACACACACACACACCACCACCCGUACACCGCAGCAUCGCUGUGCCCUCUGGCCCGUCGCCAAGGGGUCGCUAUGGCAGCACGGCAACGAGGGGAGGGAGGGCACUGCGGCUCCACUACUGCCCAGUCUGUUACGCAACACACACACACGCGUUUGUUUUACUAUCCUUGUGGGGUACAAACAAUUGAUUUCCUUUCAAAAUCCUAUUUUUCCUAACCCCUAACCCGUAACCCUAAACCUAACCCUUAACCUUAACCCCAAACCCCUAACCCUAAACCUAACCCUAAACCUAAACCUAACCCUAACCCCUAACCCCUAACCCCUAACUCUGGUUAUAACCCUAACCGUAAAACUAACCCCUAAGCCUAAAAUAGCAUUUUUUCCUUGUGGGGACUGGCAAAAUGUCCCCACUUGUCCGAAUUUUCCUUGUUUUACUAUCCUUGUGAGGACUUCUGGUCCCCACAAGGAUAGUAAAACCAAAAACACACACACACACAGUGGCAGCAACAACGCACAGACACAGACAGUGACAGUGACAGUACCCACACAAACGAUUCAGGCAUGUGCGCUGACAUUCACACACACACACACACUGAGUAAUACUGCUCCAAAAUAAGGCUCAGAUAAAACUGACCUAAUAUUUACAUAACAGACAGCUUAUCACUACUCUACUGUCUGACACAAAACUGUCUACAGUACAAUACAGUACUAUACUCAGUGCUAUGCUCGAACUUUCAGGAACAUUUUCAGGCUACAAUAUUGUGAGUAUUAUGGUAUUCCUUGGAGACUUCAGUGCAGUUUUGUGGAGGUAAAAUGUUGCGAUGAUGUAAUAGGCCUAUACGCUGUGAGUGUGUUUCAUUAGAGAUCUAGCUACCUCUGUGUUGAUUGUGUUGUGUGGUUUGUCUCUUGCAGGCAGAGUGAGAGAAGAGAAGAAUCAGGAGACAGAAUAUCGGCAGAAGUAAAGGACUGCAGACACCUGCCAGUCAAGACUUACCUGAAAGAGACCACAGCACUCUCUCCCUCUUUUUACCUCUUCUCUUUAUUUCUCUCUCAAUCCCGCUCUCUCUCUAAUGGGAGUAACUUAGAACAUGUUGUUCCAUCUCAUGCCCCGCCCCCUCCCUGUGUUUCCGUGGUGAUGGAAGCGCCCAGCAGGAAGUGAUGUCGUGGAAGAGGAACUACUUUGCGUCGGGCGGUGGCAGCGGAAGUCCCGGUGGAGGUCUACAGGGCCUGAUCACGACCCCGCGGACUAUGGCCUCCUUUGCCCCGAGUAAAGGACUCAGCAACGAACCUGGACAGAACAGCUGCUUUCUAAACAGUGCCCUGCAGGUACACACACACACACACACACACACACACACACACACACACACACACACACACACACACACACACACACACGUAGUACCAGUAAAAAGUUUGGACACACCUACUCAUUCAAGGGUUUUUCUUAAUUUUUUACUAUUUUCUACAUUGUAGAAUAAUAGUGAAGACAUCAACACUAUGAAAUAACACAUAUGGAAUCAUGUAGUAACCAAAAGAGUGUUAAACUAAUCAAAAUAUAUUUUUACAUUUGAGAUUCUUCAAAUAGCCACCCUUUGCCUUGAUGACAGCUUUGCACACUCUUGGCAUUCUCUCAACCAGCUUCAUGAGGUAGUCACCUGGAAUGCAUUUCAAUUAACAGGUGUGCCUUCUUAAAAGUUAAUUUGUGGAAUUUCUUUCCUUCUUAAUGCAUUUGAGCCAAUCACUUGUGUUGUGACAAGGUAGGGGGGGGGGGGUAUACAGAAGAUAGCCCUGUUUGGUAAAAGACCAAAUCCAUAUUAUGGCAAGAACAGCUCAAAUAAGCAAAGAGAAACGACAGUCCAUCAUUACUUUAAGACAUGAAGGUCAGUCAAAACGGAACAUUUCAAGAACUUUUAACGUUUCUUCAAGUGCAGUCACAGAAACCAUCAAGCGCUAUGAUGAAACUGGCUCUCAUGAGGACCACCACAGGAAUGGAAGAACCAGAGUUACCUCUGCUGCAGAGGAUAAGUUCAUUAGAGUUACCAGCCUCAGAAAUUGCAGCCCAAAGAAAUGCUUCACAGAGUUCAAGUAACAGACACAUCUCAACAUCAACUGUUCAGAGGGGACUGUGUGAAUCAGGCCUUCAUGGUCGAAUUGCUGCAAAGAAACCACUACUAAAGGACACCAAUAAUAAGAAGAGACCUGCUUGGGCCAAGAAACACUGGUGGAAAUGUGUCCUUUGGUCUGGAGUCUGAAUUGGAGAUUUUUGGUUCCAACCGCCGUGUCUUUGUGAGACGCGGUGUGGGUGAACGGAUGAUAUCCGCAUGUGUAGUUCCCACCGUAAAGCAUGGUGGACGAGGUGUUAUGGUGUGGGGGUGCUUUGCUGGUGACACUGUCUGUGAUUAAUUUAGAAUUCUGCAUGGCUACAACAGCAUUCUGCAGCGAUACGCCAUCCCAUCUGGUUUGGGCUUAGUGGGACUAUCAUUUGUUUUUCAACAGGACAAUGAUCCAACACCCCUCCAGGCUGUGUAAGGGCUAUUUGACCAAGAAGGAGAGUGAUGGAGUGGUGCAUCAGAUGACCUGGCCUCCACAAUCCCCCGACCUCAACCCAAUUGAGAUGGUUUGGGAUGAGUCGGACGGCAGAGUGAAGGAAAAGCAGCCAACAAGUGCUCAACAUGUGUGGGAACUCCUUCAAGACAGUUGGAAAAGCAUUCCAGGUGAAGCUGGUUGAGAGAAUGCCAAAAAUAAAGAAAAACCCUUGAAUGAGUAGGUGUGUCCAAACUUUUGACUGGUAGUGUACAUAUGUACAAAACAUUAGGAACACCUUCCUAAUAUUGAGUUGCACCCCCUUUUGUCCUCAGAACAGUGUCAAUUCAUCGGGGCAUGGACUACAAGUUGUCAAAAGCGUUCCACAGGGAUGCUGGCCAAUGUUGACUCCAAUGCUUCCCACAGUUGUGUCAAGUUGGCUGGAUGUUGUUUGGGUGGUGGACCAUUCUUGAUACACACGGGAAACUGUUGAGUGUGAAAAACCCAGCAGCAUUGCAGUUCUUGAGACACUCAAACUGGUGCGUCUGGCACCUCCUACCAUACCCUGUUCAAAAACACUUAAAUAUUGUGUCUUGCCCAUUCACCCUCUGAAUGGCACACAUACACAAUCCAUGUCUCAAUUGUCUCAAGGCUUAAAAAUCAUUGUUAACCUGUCUCCUCCCCUUGAUCUACACUGAUUGACAUCAAUAAGGGAUCAUAGCGUUCACCUGGAUUCACCUGGUCAGUGUAUAGCUGUGCUAGACUGUCAUUCUCAGUGAAAUCUCACUCUGUGUCCCUGGGGAGCAAUGAUUGGGUGAUGAGAUAGUGAGAGGGAGAGAGAGAGAGAUACAGGGACAUAAAAAAAGAAAGAAAGGAAGAGAAAGAUAUAGACAGAAAGAGAGAGAGAGAGACAGAGAUAAUUAGACAGUGAGUGAGUGAGGGAGGAGAGAGAGAAGGAGAGGGUAAAUAGAGAGAGGGAGGGAUGGAGGUAGAGUAUGUCCUCUCUCUGUCCGCUGUAGUGAUGUUUCACAGCUGGAAGCCGAUUAAUCAUAAAUAAAUAAAUGAAGGAGGGAUGGAGGAGGGAAGAGGGAGGAGGAGGGCAUACACUAGCGUCAGCAUGCACUGUCACCUUCCUCCUUCUUUCCCCUACACUUUUUGAAUAAGGUUGAAUGUCUUAAUUUGAAGACUUUUUAUGAUUCUCUUUUUGCUGUCACAAUACCCGACUCGCAUCCCACCAAAUGUUUACCAACAGACCUGGGAUUCAAACUGUCAACCCUUCGGUUGCUGGUCCGACCUCUUGGUUACAUGCCUCCUCUUAAAAAUGUAAAUAUAUCCAAUAUAUAAAAUGUAAAUAUAUAAAGCAUUUGUUUUCUCCUUAGGUUCUGUGGCAUCUGGAUAUCUUCCGUAGAAGUUUCCGGCAGCUGACCACUCACAAGUGUAUGGAAGACUCUUGCAUCUUCUGUGCCCUCAAGGUAGGUACAGCUCUGUGAAGUAAUAAUAAUAAUAAUAAUAAUAUGCCAUUUAGCAGACGCUUUUAUCCAAAGCGACUUACAGUCAUGCGUGCAUACAUUUUUUUGUUUUUUGUGUAUGGGUGGUCCCGGGGAUCGAACCCACUACCUUGGCGUUACAAGCGCCGUAGAAGUCUCUAUGUAGCUAGCAACGCGCCUGCCCCGCCCAUCUGAGGAUCUGUCUUUUUCAGCCAUAUAUUUCCUGUGUUUUAGGGGUACAAAAUCCACUUGUCAGUCAUUUAGAUCUCGCUGGAUUGAUUGCUUUCAUUUAACUCCUGCGACUCUUUCAUACUCUUGCUUUUGCCUGUCAUUUUUUCCCGUUAACGUUACAACCACGGAAAUGUUUGUAAUGACCUGUCAGACACACCCCGGUAAUGGCUGAAAUGGGCUCAAUGGAAUACAUUGUCUUUCCGUUGCAUCUAUAAGAACGCUAAAUCUUCGUCUGGGAUUUAACUCAUCAUCUCGACACUUACAUCUCAAGAAAGAGAAGAAAGAUAACAUUAUUUUGAUGUGUGUUCAUUUUUGGUGGAAUUGAAAAAAGUAAUCAUUUGAUACAGUUGAAGUGUUUACAAAUUAGACACGCUUAAAUGAAAGCAACUUCCAAAAAUGAAUUAUAGUGGACUAUAGGGAUAUUAUGUCUGAUCUUGCAAACAAUGUACAGUAUAGUAUGUAUAGAUAGGUGUGAUCUAGAGCCAAGCGUAUUGAUUUUUAGUCCGAGGGUAUACUGCUAUUGACACACUUGUUGAAUUAUGCAACAGAACGUGACAACAACAGUAAUUAAUGAGGCAGUUUAGACAGCUCAGGUGAGUGCCAGUAGGCCUAGACAGAGGACCUUUUUUUUUAUUGCAGCCCUAUUCCACCCCUUUAUGUUAAUCAAAUACAUAUAUUUUUAUUUAAAAUAAAUAAAUUAAAGAAAUACCUGAUUCCGUUAGAACAUUUAUAUGUGAGUGCAUUCUAAGAAAAAAACAGGGACAUUUUACAAUAAAUGUAAUACCUGCAAUCCCACCAAAAUCAUUAGAUUCCAUUCAUUAUUUGUCCGUGCCAGUAAAAUGUUUUAUGUGCUAUAAUUCAUUCAAUACCUGAUGGAUAAAAAAAAUUAGUUUCUUAGAAUUGUUUUAAAAACGUUUUAACAAUUUUGAUGACCGUUGCUAAUGUAGCUCCUACUGUAUGUAGCUCAGAGCAUGCGCUGACCAGCUGGCAAGUGUCUUAACUGACAUUUUCAACCUCUCCCUGACCCAGUCUGUAAUAUCUACAUGUUUCAAGCAGACCACCAUAGUCCCUGUGCCCAUAAAAGCCAAGUCUAAAUGACUGUCACCCUGUAGCACUCACAUCUGUAGCCAUGAAAUGAUUUGAAAGGCUGGUCAUGGCUCACAUCACCACCAUCAUCCCAGACACCCUGGACCCACUCCAACUCGCAUACCGCCCCAACAGAUCCACAGAUGACGCAAUCUCUAUUGCGCUCCACACUGCACUUUCCCAUCUGGACAAAAGGAACACCUACGUGAGAAUGCUGUUCAUUAACUACAGCUCAGCAUUCAACACCAUAGUGCCCUCCAAGCUCAUCACUAAUCCAAGGACCCUGGAAUUAAACUAACUCUUUUGACUCAUCACAUACGCUGCUGUUACUGUUUAUUAUCUAUCAUGUUGCCUAGUCACUUUAUCCCUACCUAUAUGUACAUAUCUACCUCAAUUACCUCGUACCUCUGCAUAUCGACUCGGUAUUGGUACCCCGUGUAUAUAGCCAAGUUAUUGUUACUCAUCGUGUAUUUAUUCCUCAUGUUAUUAUUUUCCUCUCUUUUUUUCUCUCUGCGUUGUUGGGAAGGGCCCGUAAGCAUUUCACUGUUAGUCUACAUCUGUUGUUUACGAAGCAUGUGACAAAUAACAUUUGAUUUGAUUUGUCGGUUAUAUCUACUGUGUGUUUAGUCCCUAAGCUCUUAUGUAGCAUUUAGCGCGUAUAAGUGUGUGUGUUCUACAGUAUACUGUGGGUGUAUUAUUGAUGCUGGGUAUCAGAACACAUAACAGUGUGUGUUUCGUAUGGUGUGUAUAGCAAUGCAUUCUAAUGAUGGUGUGUGUAGGGAAAUGUAUUAGGUUGUGUGUCAGUCUGAGUACAUUGUGUAGUGUAGCAGUGUUAGUGUGUGCAUAGUAUAAUGUAGUAUUGUCGGUGUGUACUAUGUUUGUCUAUAAGUGUGUGUCGGGCAGGGUGUGUGUGUGUGUGUGUGUAUAGUGGUGUAUUUGUUAGUGUCUCCUGAGCCUCUGUAAUUAAUUGGCUGACUGAAAGAGCUGAGACAGCAGAACACACACACACACACACACACACACACACACACACACACACAUACACACACACACACACAUACACACACUUGCACGCAGGCACACUGGCUUGUAGGUGAAGAAGUAUGGUUGGUGUAUAUGUGAGGCUAUAGAAAAGCUAGAGUUGAACAGAUUCUGUCUGCUGAUUAGACAUCAGGUUUUUUAUCAUCCCUAACUUGGGACACAAUGUUCACCACCCCUUGGCCCUCCGUCCGCACCGGUAGGAGAGUGUGGGAGUGAGAAGGAGAGAGAGAGAAAGGGAGAGGCUGUGUUUACACAGGCAGCCCAACUCUGAUCUUUUUUCCACUAACUGGUCUUUUGACCAAUCACAACAGACCUUUUUCAGAUCUGGUUGGUCAAAAUACCAAUUAGUGAAAAAAAAUCAGAAUUGGGUCUAAAUUCAGCCAUAGAGAGGAAGAUAGCGGGGGAGUGACCGCGGGAGGGAGAGAUGAAUGUGGUAGUGGUGUCGAUUGCUCCUGUCCUCUCUUGCUGUAGUAGAGUGAUGCUUAGGAAUUUUCCCCUCAGCUCAAUCACACACACCUCCCUCCUCCCCCUUUCCCCUCAGUUCAAUCACACACACCUCCCUCCUCCCCCUCUCUAUAUCUCCCCUCCUUCCUUUCUCGCUCCUUCCCUCCCUCCCUCUCUGUAGUGUAUAGUCCCCCUCUACUCUCCUUGGCGCAUUGCUGCAGUCAGCAGAGCCACCGUGACACACACACACACACACACACACACACACACACACACACACACACACACACACACACACACACACACACACACACACACACACACACACACAUUCACACACACCUCUCUAGCCUUAAAGGGGCAUCCCAGUUUGGCUAUAGUGAAACAAUGAGCGAACAGGUAAUAGUUGUAGUACUGUUGUAAUACUACUGCUCUAUCCUCACACCAUGGUAGACGUCCAACCAAGAUGCAACCACUUGGACGGAGUUGUAUUAUGGGAUGUUUUCCUCUGUUAAAGCUGCAAUUUGUUCAGUUUUAGUGUGUGUGUGUGUGUGUGUGUAUAGAGUAUCUUUGCCCAAUUCCAGUUCAGCAGUGAGCGUGUGUUACCGUCGGACGUGUUGCGGAGUGCGCUGGCCAAGACCUUCCAGGACGAACAGCGUUUCCAGCUGGGGAUCAUGGACGACGCAGCAGAAUGCUUCGUAAGUCUAACACACACGCACGCCUGCACACACAUACGCACGCCUGCAGACACACACGCCAACCCUCCUCAUGGAGAGCUACUGGGUGUGCAUGCUUUCACUCCAGCCCUAACACAUCUAAUUUUACUUGAUUAGCUAAAUAAGGUGUGUUUGAGCAGGGCUGGAACAAAAUCCUGCAGGAGGAGGGUUGUCCAUCUAACUCCUGUCUGUUUUGUGUCAUUCUGCCUCUAUUAAGACUCACAGCCCAGCUCUGCUAGCAUUAGCCAUUUAGCUAAGCACACUGUCCCUCUCUAUAGGAUUAUACAAGAGUCGUGUGUGUUUAUCCUAGUGUGUAAACAUUGAUACAGAUAAUUGCUUUUAAGCUAAUAAGAGAUGGAGAGAUCAGUCAACGGACAGAGGAGGGGAGAAGAGGAAGAGAGUGGGAGGAGGAGGGGAGGGGGGGACAGAGACAGAGCUAAAGGGAUAGGUGCUAUUUUUCAGUGUCCCUCUCCUACACAGCGGAGUUAGAUCCUCUCCUCGCCUCCACGCCUUGUGUGUGUCUGUGUGUAUGUUUGUGCCUGCAUACGUGUGUGUCAGACAGGUACUAUUUGAUCGAUUGGUAGUAAAUGUGUUCAGUCAGAACAUCCAGCAGGUCUUAUAAAAUAUAGAUGCUGCUACCACAAUCACAUUAACUAGAGCACACACACACACACACACACACACACACACACACAAACACACACACAUACAAUCUGUGUAACUCUGUGUGUGUGUUUUUGUGUUUCAGGAGAACCUGCUGAUGCGUAUCCAUUUCCACAUCAGCGCCGAGACCAGAGAGGACAUCUGUACAGCUGAACACUGUAUACCACACCAGAAGUUCGCCAUGACGCUGUUCGAACAGGUGGGACAUUCAUAUAUUAAACCACUUCCAUAACACAUUCAUAGGGAUAUUCUAUUUACAAAAGUGACAUAAAUGGUUCAAAAAGUGUCGGAACAGAAGACCAGCAGACACUCAGGCCCCUGAGGACUGGGGAUGCACAUCAGUUGUGUUCCUGCACCCAUACCGGCCCUUUGUGGAUAAGAGGACAGAAUGUCUCUGUAUGUCUUUAUAAUAUAUAUAUUUGUAUUUUUUUCAGUGUGUCUGUAAUAGUUGUGGAGCCACGUCGGACCCCCUUCCCUUCAUUCAGAUGGUUCACUAUAUCUCUACCACGUCCCUCUGGUAAGACAGACAUACAGUGGCUUGCGAAAGUAUUCACCCCCCUUGGCAUUUUUCCGAUUUUGUUGCCUUACAGCCUGGAAUUAAAAUUGAUUUUUUGGGGGUUUGUAUAAUUUGAUUUACACAACAUGCCUACCACUUUGAAGAUGCAAAAUAUUUGUUAUUGUGAAACAAACAAGAAAUAAGACAAAAAAACAGAAAACUUGAGUGUGCAUAACUUUUCACCCUGCCCAAAGUCAAUACUUUGUAGAGCCACCUUUUGCAGCAAUUACAGCUGCAAGUCUCUUGGGGUGUGUCUCUAUAAGCUUGGCACAUCUAGCCACUGGGAUUUUUGCCCAUUCUUCAAGGCAAAACUGCUAAAGCUCCUUCAAGUUGAAUGGGUUCCGCUGGUGGACAGCAAUCUUUAAGUCAUACCACAGAUUCUCAAUUGGAUUGAGGUCUGGGCUUUGACUAGGCCAUUCCAAGACAUUUCAAUGUUUCCCCUUAAACCACUUCAGUGUUGCUUUAGCAGUAUGCUUAGGGUCAUUGUCCUGCUGGAAGGUGAACCUCGGUCCCAGUCUCAAAUCUCUGUAAGACUGAAACAGGUUUCCCUCAAGAAUUUCCCUGUAUUUAGCGCCAUAGAUCAUUUCUUCAAUUCUGACCAGUUUCCCAGUCCAUGCCGAUUAAAACAUCCCCACAGCAUAACGCUGCCACCACCAUGCUUCACUGUGGGGAUGGUGUUCUCGGGGUGAUGAGAGGUGUUGGGUUUUCGCCAGACAUAGCGUUUUCCUUGAUGGCCAAAAAGCUCAGUUUUAGUCUCAUCUGACCAGAGUACCUUCUUCCAUAUGUUUGGGGAGUCUCCCACAUGCCUUUUGACGAACACCAAACGUGUUUGCUUAUUUUUAUCUUUAAGCAAUGGUUUCUUUCUGGCCACUCUUCCGUAAAGCCCAGCUCUGUGGAGUGUACGGCUUAAAGUGGUCCUAUAGACAGAUACUCCAAUCUCCACUGUGGAGCUUUGCAGCUCCUUCAGGGUUAUCUUUGGUCUCUUUGUUGCCUCUCUGAUUAAUGCCCUCCUUGCCUAGUCCGUGAGUUUUGGUAGGCGGCCCUCUCUUGGCAGGUUUGUUGUGGUGCCAUAUUCUUUCCAUUUUUUAUUAAUGGAUUUAAUGGUGCUCCGUGGGAUGUUCAAAGUUUCGGAAAUGUGUUUAUAACCCAACCCUGAUCUGUACUUCUCCACAACUUUGUCCCUGACCUGUUUGGAGAGCUCCUUGGUCUUCAUGGUGCCGCUUGCUUGGUGGUGCCCCUUGCUUAGUUGUGUUGCAGACUCUGGGGCCUUUCAGAACAGGUGUAUAUAUACUGAGAUCAUGUGACACUUAGAUUGCACACAGAUGGACUUUAUUUAACUAAUUAUGUGACUUCUGAAGGUAAUUGGUUGCACCAGAUCUUAUUUAGGGGCUUCAUAGCAAAGGGGGUGAAUACAUAUGCACGCACCACUUUUCCGGUAUUAAUUUUUUAUAAUUUCUUGAAACAAAUACUUUUUUUCAUUUCACUUCACCAAUAUGGACUAUUUUGUGUAUGUACAUUACAUGAAAUCCAAAUAAAAAUCCAUUUAAAUUACAGGUUGUAAUGCAACAAAAUAGGAAAAACGCCAAGGGGGAUGAAUACUUUUGCAAGGCACUGUAUCUGUCUAGUAUCAGUGCGAAUGUAUGUGUGUGUGCGUGUGAAUAUAUAUGUGUGUGUGUGUGCGCACGUGCACUUGUGUGUGCUUGUGUGUGUAUAGUACAGUGUUUGUAUAGUACAGUGUGUGUUCUUGAGGAUGUGUGUGUGUAGUGCAGUGUGUGUUCUUGAGGAUGUGUGUGUAUAGUACAGUAUGUGUUCUUGAGGAUGUGUGUGUAUAGUGCAGUGUGUGUUCUUGAGGAUGUGUGUGUAUAGUGCAGUGUGUGUUCUUGAGGAUGUGUGUGUAUAGUGCAGUGUGUGUUCUUGAGGAUGUGUGUGUAUAGUACAGUGUGUGUUCUUGAGGAUGUGUGUGAAUAGUGCAGUGUGUGUUCUUGAGGAUGUGUGUGUAUAGUGCAGUGUGUGUUCUUGAGGAUGUGUGUGUAUAGUGCAGUGUGUGUUCUUGAGGAUGUGUGUGUAUAGUACAGUGUGUGUUCUUGAGGAUGUGUGUGAAUAGUGCAGUGUGUGUUCUUGAGGAUGUGUGUGUAUAGUGCAGUGUGUGUUCUUGAGGAUGUGUGUGUAUAGUGCAGUGUGUGUUCUUGAGGAUGUGUGUGAAUAGUGCAGUGUGUGUUCUUGAGGAUGUGUGUGUAUAGUGCAGUGUGUGUUCUUGAGGAUGUGUGUGUAUAGUGCAGUGUGUGUUCUUGAGGAUGUGUGUGUAUAGUGCAGUGUGUGUUCUUGAGGAUGUGUGUGUAUAGUGCAGUGUGUGUUCUUGAGGAUGUGUGUGAAUAGUACACUGUGUUCUGUUCAUGAUGAUAUACAGGUAACUGCCAAAAUAAUGGAAACACUUGAGUAAAUGAGGGAUACAAAGUAUAUUGAAAGCAGGCGCUUCCACACAGGUGUGGUUCCUGAGUUAAUUAAGCAAUUAACAUCCCAUCAUGCUUAGGGUCAUGUAUAAAAAUGCCCAGUUGCCCAUUAUUUUGGCUGCCAUGGCUCGAAGAAGAGAUCUCAGUGACUUUGAAAGAGGGGUCUCAAAGGAGCAUAGGGGGUGUCAGUCACCAGAUUUCCACCCAAUUGAACAGUUAUGGGAGAUUCUGGCGCAGCGCCUGAGACAGCGUUUUCCACCACCAUCAACAAAACCCCAAAUUAUGUAAUUUCUCGUGAAAGAAUAGUGUCGCAUCCCUCCAAUAGAGUUCCAGACACUUGUAGAAUCUACUGUAUGCCAAGGUGCAUUGAAACUGUUCUAGUGGCUCAUGGUGGGCCAACGCCCUAUUAAGACACUUUGAUGGUGUUUCCUUUAUUUUGACAGUUACCUGUAUGUGUUUGUAUAGUUUAUUCCAGUGUGUGUUCUUGAGGACACGUGUGUAUGUUUGUGUCCUUGCUGCAGUAACCAGGCUGUGAGGAUGUUAGAGUGCAGAGAGAAGCCCACGCCCGACAUGUUUGGAGAGCUGCUCCGCAACGCCAGCAACAUGGGAGACCUACGCAACUGCCCGGUGAGUGUACACACACACACACAUACACACACACACACACACACACACACGUGUGCAUGCAUGCAAACAAAAACACUCACGCAUUGAUGAACACACAUUGACAGCUCUUUGUACUGGCUUGCAUGCAGGUGUGUGUGUGUGAGCUUUGUGCUGCUGCCUCAUGGUAAAGAGCUGUUGGUGUGAGGCUGUGAAUAGAUCCAGUGCUGCUCCACACACCCUGCCCCUCUCUGCCAGAGAAUCCACACAAAGGGCCUCUUCUCCGGGCAGAGCCUGGCAGCUGGCCCCUUCUACAACCCACCAGCUCUCCAGUCCCCAGUCUCCCUGCUAGUCACACCACCAUUAUCUUGUUAUUGUGAGGCUGAGAGGAUCCCUUCACUGCCUGUGAUAGUUUUGGCCCUAUGCUAUGUCCCUUGGGCUAACUGACCGUUUAUCCCAUAGCCCCAUGCACUUCUCCCGGUCCUAUUGUGUGUUGUUCAGAUGAGUGGUGUGUGUUGCUAUGAGAGUGUGUGUGUCCCUUUCUCAGGACCAGGUCAUCCUGGCAUAAUCCCUUCCUGUCAGUACCGGUGCCAGCCCAGUCCAACCCGCUGCCCAUGAAGGGUGUGUGUGUGUGUUUUUCUUUGUGUGUGUGUUCUGGCACUCUCUCUGGUUGCCAGGGUGUUCUCAGGCUGUUUUCGAGCCGGCAUUGCCAGCCCUGGUGUGUGUGUUUGCUUGUGUGUCUGUGCGUUUGUGUGUGUGUAUGUGUGUGCGUUUGUGUGUUCGUUUCUGUGUGUGUGUUCUGCCAGCUCUGUGGUGGUUUGUGAGUCAGAGGAAGGGUCUAGAACACACGGUUCUGAACUCAACAGAACAGAAGGCUACUGGACAAACACUACUCAGCAAACUAUCCCCCCUCCCUCUCUCUCUCUCUCUCUCUCUCUCUCUGUCUCUGUCUCUCUCUCAACAAUAUAGAGUCCUCUUCUCUCGCUCUCUCUCUCUCUCUUUUUACUCCCAGAUUCCAAAUAAGAUUCCUCAGAUUCCUUACAAUAAUCAUUUGAAACCAUUCUUCUACUCUUUGAAUAAUGUUAUUAUUUUCUGUUUUCUUCUGCCUCACUUCCAACCCUGUAGAGUAACUGUGGGGAGGUGUUGCGUAUCCGCCGUGUGUUGAUGAACUCUCCAGAGAUAGUGUCCAUCGGCCUGGUCUGGGAUUCAGACCACUCGGACCUGGCUGAGGACGUCAUUCACAGCCUGGGCACCUGUCUACGCCUGGGGGAUGUAAGAGACGCACACACGCAAACACACACAAACACUUACACACGAUGAUUAACCUUAGCAGGCUUUAGCUCAGUGGGCUAAUGUGGUCUUGAUUUCUUUAGAUUGCCCAGACAACAUACCUCAUACCUAUUCUUCUCUAUUUUAUCCUCUAGUACAUCUGAUUUCUCACCUCUCUCUUUCUCUCUUUCUUUCUUUCUCUCUCCUCCUCUCCCUCUCCCCUAGUUGUUCUACCGUGUGACAGAGGAGAGGGCUCGUCAGGCUGAGCUGUACCUGGUUGGUAUGGUGUGCUACUAUGGUAAACACUACUCCACAUUCUUCUUCCAGACUAAGAUACGCAAGUGGAUGUACUUCGACGACGCUCAUGUCAAAGAGGUGAGUCAGUGACUGAGUGAAUUAGUUAGUUAGAUAGUUGAUAUGUGUGUUAUCUAGAAUUUACCUGUAUAAAGGAUAUCAUUAAUGAAUAGAGUGAAUAGAUACUUUAUUGUCCACUUGGUUAGAACGGAAAUUCAUCGUCCCUGGAUCUUUGGGGGUUAAGUGCCUUGCUCAAGGGCACAACAGUAGAUAUGUUAGUUAGUAGUGUGUGUCUGUGUGUGUUAUCUCGAUAGAUCGGUCCUAAGUGGAAGGAUGUGGUGGCGCGGUGUAUAAAGGGUCACUACCAGCCUCUAUUGCUGCUCUAUGCUGACCCCCGAGGGACGCCGGUGGUAUCGCAAGACAACCCCUCCUCUAACCCCCAGCUGGACCUGCACUGCAGCAAGGCUGGCUAUGACAGCGAGGACUCUGGUAACCUUUAACCCCUGACCUCUGACCUCUAAACCCUAACCCUGACCCUCACCCCAAAACUCCUUAAGCUUGACACUUACCCUAAAACUCUCUCUCUUCUCCUUUUCUGUCUGUCUCUCUCCCCCUCUCUCUGCCUUCCUCCCUCUCGCUCUCUCUCUUUCUCUCUCUCUCAGGGCGGGAGCCCUCCAUAUCCAGUGAUACCCGUACAGAUUCCUCAGACAGCUCCAGCCACCGAGCAUCUCGAAAUCGCUCUCUCCACCAGUCAACAGGCAGCCACCUGUCCAAUGAUUCGCAGACCACCGUGGUCGGUAACCAUGACAGCGGCACUCCUGUACACAGUGCAGACGCAACAGGUGAAUUACAUAAUGUUACAAUACCACUUCAGUAACAUAUCUGAUUCAGCAAAUGAUUAGUUGAUCAAUUGAAUCAGGUGUGUUAGUGCUGGGCUAAAACAAAAGCCUGCACACUCUAUAGUCCUCCAGGAUCAGAGUUGGAGAACCGUAAACACAAAAACAAUCUAACCACCCUCUCUAUCUAUCUAUCAGACUCAGUAGCAGAGGCUCCCCCCCGUCCACCCUCCCCGACCCUGCAGCAGGGGGACUAUAAAGAGACAGCUGUGUUCCUCCUCUCCUCUCGUCGUCCCAUGUCGUCGUGCUCUUCCUCCCAUGCCGCCUCCUUUACCUGUUCCUCCUAUCCCGUCUCCUCCUCCUCUUCCUCCCGUCCCAUGUCCUCUUCCUCUUCCUCGGGUAUAGGGGGGUCUGUGCUGGGAUCUGAGGCAGGGGCCGUGGGGCCUCACUGGGAGGAUGAGAGCACUAGCAGCGAGUCCAAGUCUAGGUGGGUGCUACUGAACAUAAACACACAUUUAUACUGACACAUACAGUGCCUUCGGGAAGUAUUCAGACCCCUAGACUUUUUCCACAUUUUGUUACGUUACAGCUUUAUUCUAAAAUGGAUUAAAUAAAUACAAAUUCUCAGCAACCUACACACAAUACUCCAUAAUGACAAAGCGAAAAUAGGUUUUUAGAAAUGUUUGCAAAUGUAUUAAAAAUAAAACACUGAAAUACCUUAUUUACAUAAGUAUUCAGAACCUUUGCUAUGAGACUCGAAAUUGAGCUCAGGUACAUCCUGUUUCCAUUGAUCAUCCUUGAGAUGUUUUUACAACUUGAUUGGAGUCCACCUGUUGUAAAUUCAAUUGAUUGUACAUGAUUUGGAAAGGCACACACCUGUCUAUAUAAGGUCCCACAGUUGACAGUGCAUGUCAGAGCAAAACCCAAGCCAUGAGGUUGAAGGAAUUGUCCGUAGAGCUCUGAGACAGGAUUGUGUCGAGGCACAGAUCUGGGGAAGGGUACCAAAAAAUUUCUGCACCAUUGAAGGUCCCCAAGAACAUAGUGGCCUCCAUCAUUCUUAAAUGGAAGAAAUUUGGAACCACCAAGACCCUUCCUAGAUCUGGCCGCCCGGCUAAACUGAGAAAUCGGGGGAGAAGGGCCUUGGUCAGGGAGGUGACCAAGAACCCGAUGGUCACUCUGACAGAGCUCUAGAGCUCUAGAGCCUGAAUGCCAAGCGUCACGUCUGGAGGAAACCUGGCACCAUCCCUACGGUGAAGCAUGGUGGUGGCAGCAUCAUGCUGUGGGGAUGUUUUUCAGUGGCAGGGACUGGGAGACUAGUCAGGAUCGAGGCAAAGAUGAACGGAGCAAAGUACAGAGAGAUCCUUGAUGAAAACCUGCUCCAGAGAGCUCAGGACCUCAGAUUGGGGCGAAGGUUCACCUUCCAACAGGACUACAACCAUAAGCACACAGCCAAGACAACGCAGGAGUGGCUUCGGGACAAGUCUCUAAAUGUCCUUGAGUGGCUCAGCCAGAGCCCGCACUUGAACCUGAUCGAACAUCUCUGGAGCGACCUGAAAAUAGCUGUGCAGCAACGCUCCCUAUCCAACCUGACAGAGCUUGAGAGGAUCUGCAGAGAACAAUGGGAGUAUCUCCCCAAAUACAGGUGUGCCAAGCUUGUAGCGUCAUACCCAAGAAGACUCAAGGCUGUAAUCGCUGCCAAAGGUGCUUCAACAAAGUACAGAGUAAAGGGUCUGAAAACUAAUGUAAAUGUGAUAUUUCAGUUUUGUCUAAAACUGUUUUUGCUUUGUCAUUAUGGGGUAUUGUAUGUAGAUUGAUGAGGGAAAAAACAGUUUAAUCAAUUUUAGAAUAACGUAACAAAAUGUGGAAAAAAUCAAGGGGUCUGAAUACUUUCCGAAGGCACUGUACUUCCAUAUAGUCCAAGUCCAUGUGAGUGUUACACAGUAGAAGGCUUAUAUAACAAGUGUUGUGGUAAAGUUUGUUCUCCUUGCUUGUUACAGUAAGUUAACCUUUUACAGUGUUACCUGCUAUAUGUUUGACUCUCCAGUUCCUCUGGUGGUCGAUGUUAUCGGCCGGCCUGGAGGCCACGGAGGGAGGCCCUGAACAUCGACAGCAUCUUUACCCGCCAGAGAGGCUCUCCGCUGGGCUACAGCACCCUGCCCGGGCCCGGUCUACCUCCAAAGCUCCAUCAACACUGUCCAACUAACAUGCCUGAUCUGCAAGGGGCAGGAGAGGUGGCCUGGGGUGUAGGGGGCUUGGGGGGAGACACUGAGGGGGUGGCUGGGGUGGCAGGGAAGCCUGGGUUGCUAGGCAACGGUACGGACUGCCCCCCUCCUCCUCCCCUGUUGAGAGGGGCGGAGCUUCAGCCUUGUCUGAUCCAGAGAAUGGAGAGUGGCUACGAGAGCAGCGAGAGGAACAGCAGCAGCCCUGACAGGUACACACACACACACACAUCAUGGCAGCGCAAUGUGUUUUGUCCUUGUUGUAGUCUCACAGAGUUUCUCUCUCUCUCUCUCUCUCUCUCUCUCUCUCUCAGGGAGGUAGGUCAGAAGCGUGUGUUGAUGUCUGGUCCAUCGUGGCGCUCGGUCCCCAAGUCUAAGAGCACCAGUGCCAUCCUGCAGGAGCUGCCAGCACCUAGCUGGGGCAGGAACAACAACCUGGGUGUGUGUAUAUAUGUGUGUGUGAUAUGUAAUGGUGUCAGAGUGGUAGAGUGUAUGUGUGUGUGUGUGUGUGUUUGUACAGUAAUUAUACUCAAAAGUUUGUUUCUCCCACGUUCCUGUGCGUGUGUUUGCAUACGGUGUGUGUGUGUGUGUGUGUGUGUUUGCAUACGGUGUGUGUGUGUGUGUUUGCAUACGGUGUGUGUGUGUGCAUGCGUGUGUUUGCAUACGGUGUGUGUGUAGGCGCUGGCCGUAGCGAGCUGGAUGAGCUUCAGGAGGAGGUGGCGAGGAGAGCGAGGCAGCAGGAGCAGCAGAGGAGGAAAGAGGCAGAGAGAGAAGCUGCCCUGGGCUUCAACCCCAGACCCUCUAAAUACAUGGACUUAGACCAGCUGCAACACCAGGGUGAGGGCGGGAGGGUGUGUAUGUGUGAGAGGGAAAGUGUGUCACCAUGACUUGACUGUCUGUUCCUUACACGUCCUCCUUUGGUGGCUGUCUGUCCCGUCCUUUUGUCUUGUCAGGACGCUAGAGAAGAUACUUUUUGUAUUGCCUCAUUUUGGGUGUGUUUAUGGAUACCUACUGUGUGUGUAUGUGUGUGAUGCUAUAACAGUGUAUAGAAGAGUUUUCUCGACUCCCUGGUCUUGGAGAUCUACAGUGUGUGCAGGCUUUUGUUUUGGCCCAGCACUGACACACCAUCACUGGGUGGUUAAUUUAUUAAUUGAAUCAGUAGGGGCGUGUGUCCCUGUGUGUCUGGUUGUCUGUCGUUCAACUUCUUCAACACACACACACAUCCGCACGCACGCAUGCACGCACACACACAUAACCUGCGGGUAAAUCGGUGGCAUUAUUUAUAUGCGAUAUAAUGGUUUUAGCGUUGCAUACCAAUGUUAAUGCUUUAAGCUAAUAAUAACCACCUCAGUCUGCCUAGCCUGGUUCCAUGUAACACAUCACAUCUAACAACAGGAGAGGAACAUCACUGCACUUCUUGCACAGUGCAAGUCAACAUUGAUACAACUCAUUGGGAACCUGCUUGUCGUCUCUGAACGUACCCCAGAUUUGAUGGUUGCUCUCCUGCUGUGUGUCUCUGCAUCUUCUCCUAACCCACUAACACCUCAGACAGCACUAGGGUUAAAUGCUGCACAAGCUGAUACUAGAUCUGUUCUGAAGGCCAGCGUCUUCCCCUGACCUCACGACCCCAGCUCUGCUCUCUCUCUUGAAAACCUCAUCUCUCUGUCAUUGACUAACCGACGCACGCACACACACACACACACACACACACACACACACACACACAGACACACACGCAUAAAGGAGCUGUUUGCAUGCUGGCCCCCUCAUAACCACUCCUCUACUCUGCUUCUCUUUUUUCUGCCUCUCUUUCCUCAAUCCCUCUUCCCCCUCUCUUUAUAUUUUAUUUAAUAUCGGUAUUAUUUACAACUUCUUUCUAUUUCCAUUUAAAAACUUUGCCACGAUCAGCAACGUGAUGUUAUAUACUCUCAAAGAGAGCUAGGGGCGCUAUCGUAGAUGCUGCUCGCUGAUAGAUAGAGAGAGAGGAGAUAGCGCGAGCGAGAGUAUUAUCUCUCUCGCUUAGAUAUAGCUCUCUAUCUCUAGCUAUACUAUCUCUCUCCUCUCUCUCUCUUUUCCAUCGCUUCCCUCUCUCUCUAUCUCUCUAUUCUCUCUCUCUAUCUAGAUCUCCUCUCUCUCUCUCUCUCUUUUCCAUCUCUCGUUAACAUUCCCAGCUGUGCUCAGCCCCUUGCAUGAGGCUAAUGCUCAUAGUGGAUUGGCUGUAGCUGCGUGCAUGAGGAGCACUUGGGAACCAAUCACACAGGAUUUGGAGCAGGAGACAAGAAGCGCCCGUCCACAGGGGCAUCUCAGGUACCAUAACUGUCCCCUGUGUGUCCCCAAAACCCACCCCAGGACCCUUCUGUGUGUGUCCCAGCUCUGCCUGUCCAAAACAAAAACUAACUCCUCUGUGUGUCGUGGAGUGGAAAGUGUUUCUGCUCUGAGAUAGGUGGUCUGUACUGGUCUGUAUUUGUCUGUGUUGGUCAAUGCUGGUCUUUACUGGUUUGUACUGGUACUUGUUGUGUUGAUGGUGAGAUAUCUGGUCCAGACCUGUCUAGGAGUGGGCUGUAGGUCUGUCUGCCUUUCUGCCUGUCUGUCUGUUCGUGAGGGGCUGAUGCUGUGUUGGAUGGGAAGUGUACUGUAUAUGUAGUCAGCAGGGGAAGAUGAGGAGAGGAGACUAGUGCUUUCCCCUCAUUCUUUACUCCUCUCUUCCAUCUCGUUAUUUAUUCCCCUCUUCCUCUCCUACUAUGUCUUGUUCUUAACACCUCUAUCUCAUUUAUUCUUUAUUCCCUUAUUAUUCUUUUUUCCUCUCCUCUAUCUGGUUCUUUAUUUUUCUCUUCCUCUCCUCUUCUAUUGAUCAACGUUGAGCUGUGAUUAAUGGGUGACUGCUGCAAAGGCUGCUGGGUAAUUACUGAGCCAGCGGAGAUGUAGAGAGUUAAUGUGGAGGGUGGUGGAUUGUGUUUGUGUGUUUGUGUGCUUGCUUGCUGACUGGUGUCUUGAUGAUUAAGUGUCUUAUAGCUUUAUAAAUCCUACAUUACACAGUCAUGAGCCUGACAUAAGAUGCUUUUAUUUCAACAUAUUUCAUUUUAAGUGUUUAAAAAAAAUCCUUUAUUUAUUCUGAUUGUGAAUGGCUGCUGAGCGUCUCUGAUCUGCCCCUUUUCUCCUGUCGCCCAAUCAGUGAACAGCCUGGCCCGCUCCAAGUACUGCUGACGCCCAAUCAGGAGGGGGAAGAGGUCCGGCCAGCCUACCAGGAUGCAGCCCUGGGCCCUGGCCAGCCCUCUCUCUCCUAUAGACCCUCCCCCAACCUUAUCCCUUUCCACUCAUCCCUCCAACCCCCUCCCAGCAACAACCCCCCAGCACAGGUUGAGGAGGGGAGAGAACAGGUCAGGAGGGAGGAGGAUGGGGGGAUGAGUGAGGUCAGGGGACAGGGACUGAGGAAAGUUGAGGAGGGGGAGCGGGUGAGGAGGGGUGAGGAAAGACAGGGGAUGAGGCUGGAAGAGUUGUUACAGGUUGGGGGUGUGUGUGUGAGACCUCUAGGCAGACACCUGGCCAUCUCUCUUCCCUCUCUACCUCUCAGACUCUGGGAUAUAUCAGACACACACACUACCCCCUCACACACAUAUUCACACUCUGACUCCCAACACACACAACCUCCACCCCCACAUUCAAACCCUGACUCCUCACACAUAUAUACAAACCCUGAGCCCCCACACAAACAGUCUGACCCUACACCCAACCCCCCCUCAUCCCGCAGUCAGCCCCACCCCUCUCCCCCCACCAUCUCUUCUGAUUGGCCCAAUCAAGGUUCUGCCUCCAACACCAUCACAAGUCAUUGGUCCUCCUGGAGCUUGGACCGCCCAGAUGCCGUGGUUACGCCAUAUGACACACCUCCAGACUGCUGCCUCCCCAUUAAGGCACACCUCUCCCACCGAAAAUACAACUCCCAGCCUGCCCCUGGGCAGCAUGACACCUGUGACCCUGAGGAGGCGGAGUUAUCAGAGCUGGACUUCCUGUACCGGGCCAGCCUCCAGGCAGGAAGUAGAGGUACGUACUGUAGAUAUUGUAGUUGUGUGUAUGUGUGUUUAUGUUUGAAGUGUGUAUGUACAGUAGCUGUGUGUCUAGUGUGUGUAUGAAGCUAUGUGUGUCUAUAUAGUGUGUAUGAUCCCUGACCUCCAGCUUUUACCCUGCGUGUGUCUAGGUGGCAGCCCGGCCGGGAGGCUGCAGUGUGGGGUAAGAGGGCCAGCCCGCUCCCUCACUCCCAACACCAACAUGGAGAGGAGUGUGUACCGGACUGACAGCAACAGCACAAUUGUCCGCAGUCUGAGCGGCACAGUCAUCAACCCGCGUCGCCAUCGUCUCACUGCAGCACGCAGCUUUGUGAGUUUAUCAUACACAAACACCACAGGAGGUUGGUGGUAACUUAAUUGGAGAGAACGGGCUCGUGGUAAUGGCUGGAGUGGAAUCAGUGGAAUGGUAUCAAAAACAUGGUUUCCAUGUGUUUGAUGCCAUUCCAUUGGCUCCGUUCCAGCCAUUAUUAUGAGGCGUCUUCCCCUAAGCAGCCUCAACUGACACACACACACGCACUGCUGCACUCCAGUGGUCAUGUUGUAGAGCUGCAUCUCUGUUUUUACCUCAUUUACCUCAUCUCAUCUGCACUAUCAUCACACUGUUCUCUUUCACUCACUCACUCACUCACUCACUCACUCACUCACUCACUCACUCACUCACUCACUCACUCACUCACUCACUCACUCACUCACUCACUCACUCACUCACUCACUCACUCACUCACUCACUCACUCACUCACUCACUUCAUAAUCAUCAUUAUCAUCACCCAGUCCUUUCAUGACCCCUUACCCUUCACCUCUGGGGCCUGUCCGUCACUGUGUUGUCCCUCCCCCUGCAGGAGAUGCCCAAUGGCGUGGGGAGUUUCUGGUGUCUGACGGGGGUGAAGCUGACUUCAGACCACUUAAGACAGUGGUCUUCAGACCACUGACCUGCCUCCAUAUGCAUCUACGCUACAGGAACCUCCUAGGGCAGCUCUCUGGGCUCCUAACCCUCCACACUGCUACAGGCACCUCCCAGGGCAGCUUGAUGGGGUCCUUACCCUCCACACAUUACAGGAAACUCGUAGGGCAGCUCUCUGGGGUCCUAACCCUCCACACCGCUACAAGCACAUCCCAGGUUGGACCUCUAGGGUCCUAACCCUCCACACUGCUACAGGCACAUCCCAGGGCAGCCUUCUAGGGUCCUAACCCUCCACAGUGCUACAGGCACCUCCCAGGGCAGCUCUCUGGGAUCCUAACACUCCACACCGCUAAAGGCACCUCCCAGGACAGCUCUUUGCGGUCCUUACCCUCCACACCGCUACAGGCAGCUCCUAGGGCAGACAUCCGGAGUCCUAACCCUCCACACCGCUUCCAAGGCAGCCCUGCACCUCACCCACCGCCACAA